AUGGUUGGGGCUGCAGUCCUCAUUUGCCUGGGAGUCUUUUGGGCUCACAUUUCUGCAUUGAACACCUUUGUGCUGCGAGAUCCCAUCAGCAACUAUGUCACUGGGACCAUGACCAUCCACAGCGAGGAGCACAUCGUCGAUGUGCACGUCCGCUCCGGCGUGUACUCCUCUGACACCAUUUUUGACUACACACAUGGGUAUAUUGCCACCAGGCUGUUUUCACGAAAUGCCUGCUUUAUCAUGAAAAUAAAGAAGGAAUUGAUCCCAGACCUGGAAGAGAUUGGACGCCUGGCUUUUGAGAGAGAGAUUAUGAGGGAUGUAUACUCUCCAAAUAAUGUGUGGACCCAGUUCCAAUCUGGCAGUUCCAGGCUGGGGCACUUUAAAGACUGGAUUCUCUAUGGGAAACACAUUGAAAAUCUCUGCACGGGGCUGCCUCUCUACGAGCUGGUGGCCACUGAACCACCAACAAAUGAUGAUGGCUGUGCCAGUGCCGGCAUUCCAAGCAUUUUGGGCCUUAAAAUCUGUGAAGAACUCAUUGCAACUGAAUCUUGA